GUCUUACAAUGUGGCGUGGGUGUACCAUGUCACGUCAAAAUUGUGUUGUUGCAGUUUUUUUUUAGCCCUAAAUAUUGGAGUUUUUACAGUUACCUUCAAUAAUGGGGAUGAAAAUGAAUUUAAAGCAAGGAAGGAUGCAAAACUAGGAAGUGGUAUGAGGGGAGGCAGUAAGGUCGAAAGAAAGGUCAUAGGUCAGGAAGGAAGAUUAAAUGCAGGUCUGAGGUGGAAGGACGGUAGAAGUAGGUUCAAGCAAGGACAAGGAUGCAAAAAGUGGGUCAGGGGUUAGUGUAAGUAGGAAGGAAAAAGGGAAGAAAAUUUACUGGAUCGAUCAUAAAAUUAGAUUUAUUGGAUCAGUCAUUUUCUACUUCCUGUAUGAACAUUGCUCAGUAUUUAGUUGCAGUCAUUCUUCAAUUCUUUGUUGAUUUUAUGUUUUCUACUUCCUGUGUGAACGAUGCUCAAUAUUUAUUUGCAGUCAGUCAUCAUCAUCAAUCCUUUAACUUUAUGGUAUGUAACUGAGCUACAGUGAUUACAAAUUGUCUGAAAUGCCUUGAUGAACUGUCAACAUGCUCGUUUGUGGAUUACCAUAAUUCCCGCUGAGUGGUUUUGGUGUGCUCGCACAUGGGUAUUAGACGGGGCAGGCCUGGAUGUGGAUUUCUUAAUCUCCUCUCCCUCUGGGCAGAUACUGUACAGUGACUAUCGCAAGUCAGACGGAAUGCACACCGUGGAGACGGUAGACGGGGACUACAUGUUCUGCUUCGACAACACCUUCAGCAGCGUUUCGGAGAAGCUCGUCUUCUUCGAGCUCAUCCUGGACAACAUGGACGCCGACGAGGAGCCCGACGACUGGAAGGAGUACGUCCACGGCACCGACAUGCUGGACAUGAAACUGGAAGACAUCAUGGACACCAUCAACAGCGUGAAGUCGCGGCUGGGCAAGAGUGUGCAGAUCCAAACGGUGCUGCGCGCCUUCGAGGCCCGCGACCGCAACCUGCAGGAGAGCAACUUUGACCGGGUCAACUUUUGGUCGGUGGUCAACUUGGUGGCCAUGAUGCUGGUGUCGGGCGUGCAGGUCUACUUGGUCCGCUCGCUCUUCGAGGACAAGAGGAAAAUUCGUACGUAACAAACUGUGUCGAGGGAGCGGGGAAAAACAAAAACAACAACAACACUGUUUGGGGUAUUUCAGAAAAAUGAGCCCUGGGUUUUUUGUUUUUUUUUUUCGGCUCAUGAGUCCACUGGAUAUUGAAGUUGAAGGGAGUUCUGUUUGUUGACAUAAUUCUGCCAGCAAUUUUUAUUACUGAUUGGACUCGCAAUGCUUGAUCAUUGUUUCUUAGCCUAAAAAUCGUGUCACUGUUAACGCUGCGUAGAACUGUUGUACACAGAGAUGGAGUUCCUCAACCCAUCCCACAUGCCAACACGCACAAACACGGUUGUCUUCCUUUCACAAGUAUUAUUUCAUAAAUGUCAGUGUUUAUUUCCAGCGGACAAAUCCAUCUGGUGUUGCGUUCGAGUGAUUUUCGUAAAGCAUAUAAUCUGCCAAGAAUUUGAUAUAUUUUAUUGUUACAAUCACAAAGAUUUAUGUAUAGUGAUUACAGAGCAGAAUUUGUCUCAAGUUCAGAGGUCGCA